UUUUUUCUUCUCCUCUUUUCAAUAAAUGGAAAAUGCUCUAAGAAGUUAAAGGUAGGUACCUAGGCUGUGAUAGAGAGGGUGAUAUCGUAUUGUGUGUGCCCCACCUACACCUGAGGUACCUAAGUAUCCACCAACUUUUUCCGAGCCGCAUCCAAACAUUUUCUCUUCUUGAUACAAACCAACGACAACGCGAAGAUCGUAACGAUACAAAGCACUCGCUCUUCCUCCCGCAAGAUAUCCUAACCGUUCUUCCGUCUUCUUCUCGACUGCCCAACAUGGCGAGCGGCGACGCUACUCUCUUCGAAGAAUCGUUCACCGUGACUGAGUAUGAUCAGUCCAAGUACGACCGUGUCGCCCGCAUUUCGUGCACUUCAAGCGACUCUCAGACUGUUAUGACUCUAGAUAUCAACAUCGAGCUCUUUCCCUGUGCUGUUUCCGACACUCUGCACGUAGUUCUGUCUACUACUCUCUCUCUGGACGGAAGCAAGGAGGACGAGAAGGGCUGGCGAGACGUUGGCAAGGGCGGUGAUGCGCCAGCGACAGCUGCCGACCUUUAUGACUACGUGUGCCAUGGAAAGAUCUACAAGUUCGAGGAGACAUUCGAUGGAAAUACCAUCAAUGCCUACUGCUCUUUCGGCGGUCUUCUUAUGUCGCUUCAAGGCCCUAUCAAGAAACUGACUCCCCUCCGUGUCGACAACGUCUAUCUUCUCGUCAAGAAAUAAUCAGAAGCGCCUAAACUUGUCCAUUUAUCUAGACUAUAGCUCUUCGCCACCACUAUGGGCUUUUGUGUUACCACUAGCUCUAAGCCACAUUAAUGAUACCCAUGCGAAAACCGCCGUGUUGCCCCCAAUGAUUCUCAAAGUCGAAGACCCUGUCCCGUCUCUGUGAGCCUGGUCUAUCAAAAUCACAAUGAGCGCCAAUUACUUUGAUGCGGACCUGGGAAAGGAAUGUCGCGGCGCACUCUCCGCUUGAUCUGCUCAAUCUCGGGCUCGUUUCUGUCAGUGAGAAUUCCAUGACGAAUGAAAAAGUCGAGGGUGACGAGGGCACAAUUGGACUUGAAUCGACCCUCGGCGAGAUCCGCCUUGACUUGAUUAACGUCGCAGAGGUCAAAUUUCUCCGCCUCGCCAUCUUUGGGUUGAGGGAUCACAUCGUUGGGAAGCUCGAGAUCGUAUAACCAUUGGCACUCAGGAUAAAUAAAGCCGCCUUCGCCAACCUGUCCCUCGUCCGUGAUGUAGAUGUAUGUGACGUUGCCGACGAACUUGGCACUCUUGCGAACAAUAUCAUCAGGAAGACUGGCUUCCUCAUCAGCCUCGCGAAUGACGCAUUCGAAGGGGUCCUCUCCUGUCAUUAAACCACCUGCCACGGUAUUGUCGAGCAUGCCGGGAAAGGUUGCCUUGUUCCGAGCACGCGUAGGGACCCAGAGGCGAAUGCCAUGAGGUGCAGUCUCGUCCUUGACAUACGCAAUCAUGUGAACGCCGUAACGCACCGUACCAAGCAAGCCUAUCGCAGCUCGUUCCAUGCUGAACAAUAGCUCGCCACUACGUCCGUAUACAGGCCAGAGUUCGUCACGCCAGCGACGGAGAAGAGGGAACGUCCCAUUCUUCCGCCAAUAGUCGGCCAGGGUCGCCGCGCGACGAGUACGUUGUUCCUCCGUAGGUUCCUGAAAGAGCACAAUAGUUUUCUUCUCAUCGUCGCAUUCCAUUUUUCCCCUGACCUCUUCAGGGACCUGAUGUAGCUCUCUGGCCACACGGUCUAGGAUGUACCCAAUAGGGUAUGUGCCUUGGCUAUCUCUCCAAUCCAAAGUAUAGAGCCCGGCAUUCAUCUUGGUGAAAGCGUCGGGAUCAGUCUCGGCAUACGGGAACCUUAAGAGAUGAGUUACACUUGCAUUAGAGUGGCAGGGAUUUUGGAUCAUACAUGUCGACUUCGUCGAUGAGAUCGAUGCUUGUUUUGGCCAUUUUGAUGCAGGGAAAGAUGCUUGUGUUGUUGUGCUGGUGGGAUUUUCUUGGUUCGUGACUGAUCUGUUAUCGUAUAUACUCAAAUAGAUAGAUGAUGAAGUCAAUGUUGAGUAACAACCGACUGUUUGGCAGUGAAACGUUGAUGCAGUUGCGGGCUUUUCCCAACGUUGGUUUAUAUGCGAGAUCGGCAGAGCAAGCACCUGCCCUCGAAAUGUAUGCUCUUUGGGAGUGAUUAUGAUAUGGAGUUCCGGCUGUUGUCUGUCCGGGCUUCUCGGUGAAGCUGCAUCAGGAAGUAGGUUGCUGUGCUUUUACC